AUGCCAAAGCUAGACAUAAACAAGGCUGGCUGGGAACAGAGCGAGUUUCCCAUUCUUUGCGAAACAUGUCUCGGAGACAAUGCCUUCUCGAAGCAAGAAUAUGGCCGUUCAUGUGGAACCUGUGCUCGUCCCUUCACCGUCUUCCGCUGGAACCCCGGAACUGCCAUGCGCUUCAAGACGACUGUGAUUUGCCAGACAUGUGCGAAGAUUAAGAAUGUGUGCCAAACAUGUCUUCUCGACCUUGAAUAUGGCCUUCCGACCCAAGUUCGCGACACCGCACUUGCAAUUGAAAACGAAGCACCAACAAGCGAGAUUAACCGGGAGUAUUAUGCCCAGAAUUUAGAGGGAAAGGCGAGUUCUAGAUUGGAGGGCAACAAGUCGCUGCUGGAUUCAGGGCGCGCGUCGUCAGCAGGAAAGGACAUGCUGAAGCAGCUAGCGCGUACGGAUCCGUAUUACAAGCGAAACAGACCCCAUCUUUGCUCAUUCUACGCAAAGGGAGAAUGCAAGAGAGGCUCAGAAUGUCCAUAUAGGCACGAAUUACCUGUGGAGAACGAGCUGUCGAAGCAAAAUAUACAAGAUAGGUAUCAUGGUCGUAGUGAUCCUGUGGCACGGAAGAUAUUGUCUACGCAUGCAGCGAGUAUGGGAUUGCAGCCGCCGGAAGACCAGUCUGUUAUGUCUCUCUUCUUGACAUCUCUUCCGACGACCGCCACAGAGCAAAGCAUCCGUACACGAGUAGCACAAUCACUGCCCGCCGUCCAGCCUUCGCAAAUUAAAUCCGUUGUCCAUGUCGCGAAGUCUAGAUGUGCAUUUGUUAAUUUCAAGGACCGCCAGUCCGCGGAGCUGGCCGCGCAAGCGUGGGCGAAUGGUCUUGAAUUGGAGGGAACGACGCUGAACGUGAAAUGGGGUAGAGGUAAAGGGGCCGCCUCGAAAUCUCCGCCUGUCAGCACUACGCCGGAGGUAGCUGCAUGA